GCCCUGUCGGUUUAAACCGGGAGGACACCCAUACCGACUUCUCAAUGCAAAAAAUAAAAGGGUAGCUAGAAGCUGGGGCGAGGGGAACGGAGGUAAAGCGAACGCUCUUGGUCGGUCUCUCUCUCUCUUUCUCUCCCCCUCUCUCUCUCUUCUCUCGUUUUUAUUACAUGAAUGAAUGAAUUAAGUAGUAAGGGACACGUACAAGGAAACACGUCUCCGCCUGGACGAUCAAACGCAUUUAAUAUUUGACUUGUGUUCAAUGGUUCAUGUUUGCAUCUGUACAUUUUCGUCGAAAACCAGAGUAGGACGUCUCAUCGCGUCGUUCGAAACACUUUCGAAGGUGUAGCAGCUGAAAGUCCUCGCCGUGAACAUGGCAACUUUAACGAACGGACAGGUGGACGCCGCGGUGCACGGAGGAGCGGCCAGUACGAACGGGCUCGUGAACGGAAUAAGCCACACGCACAGUCCCGCGAGCUGCGCCACCAUUCCCAUGAAGGACCACGAUGCCAUCAAACUGUUCAUCGGUCAGAUACCCCGCAACCUGGACGAGAAGGACCUCCGGCCGCUCUUCGAGGAAUUUGGCAAGAUCUACGAGCUCACCGUGCUGAAAGACCGCUUCACUGGCAUGCACAAAGGGUGUGCCUUCCUCACAUACUGUGCAAGAGAAUCAGCGCUAAAAGCUCAGACCGCGCUCCACGAGCAGAAGACGCUACCUGGGAUGAACAGGCCAAUCCAGGUGAAGCCAGCUGACAGUGAGAGCAGGGGAGAAGACAGAAAACUCUUUGUUGGCAUGCUGAAUAAGCAGCAAUGUGAGGACGACGUGCGGCGCCUUUUUGAGUCCUUCGGGAGCAUUGAGGAGUGCACCAUCCUCAGAGGUCCUGAUGGAAACAGCAAAGGUUGUGCGUUUGUGAAGUAUUCUACUCAUGCAGAAGCUCAGGCCGCUAUCAGUGCUUUACACGGCAGCCAAACCAUGCCUGGCGCUUCUUCCAGCCUGGUGGUGAAGUUUGCAGACACAGAUAAGGAACGGACCAUUCGACGCAUGCAGCAGAUGGCCGGUCAGAUGGGCAUCUUCAAUCCGAUGGCCCUGCAGUUUGGAACGUACGGCGCCUAUGCUCAGGUUCAGCAGCAGGCAGCGCUGAUGGCAUCAGUGGGUCAGGGAGGAUAUCUCAGCCCUAUGGCGGCUUUUGCUGCUGCACAGAUGCAACACAUGGCCACUAUAAACGGCCUCCCAGGGGCUCCCAUGACCCCAACAUCAGGUGGAAGCACGCCCCCUGGCAUCACAGCUCCCACGGUGACCAGCAUUCCAUCUCCAAUUAGUGUCAACGGUUUCACAGGUCUGCCUCCUCCUCAGGCCAACGGCCAGGCCCCAGCGGAGGCCAUGUUUACCAAUGGAAUCCAUCCGUACCCAGUUUUACAGGAAGUGGUGUUUAGGGAAGACUCGGAGAAGGGCGGCCUGGGCAUGGCACAGAGAAGUUGUUUUGGGGUUCAGGGAAGCUGCUUCCUGUCGUCUCUAUCAGAAGCUCAGAGUCCCACCGCAGCAGACCCCCUACAGCAGGCCUACGCUGGAGUCCAACAGUAUGCAGCAGCCUUCCCCGCUGCAUAUGGACAGAUCAGCCAGGCCUUUCCUCAGCCGCCUCCCAUCAUCCCUCAGCAGCAGAGAGAAGGGCCAGAGGGCUGUAACCUGUUUAUUUAUCACCUCCCUCAGGAGUUUGGGGACGGCGAGCUGAUGCAGAUGUUCCUGCCUUUCGGUAAUGUCAUCUCCUCCAAAGUGUUUGUGGAUCGGGCGACAAACCAAAGUAAAUGCUUUGGCUUUGUGAGCUUUGAUAACCCGGGUAGCGCUCAGGCUGCCAUCCAGUCCAUGAACGGCUUUCAGAUCGGCAUGAAGAGACUCAAAGUGCAGCUGAAGAGGCCAAAGGACGCCAACCGCCCAUAUUAGCCCCGUCCCUCCCCCCAGCCACCCCUGACCCUGGGGAUUAAGGCCGCCGCUGCGCACAGGGAAGGACAGGUUUUGUAGAGCUGGAACACGUUGAGAACAUGCCAAAUGUAUUUGAAAACACAACAGAUCAAGAUCAUCGGGGCUGGGGAUACAGUACAGCUGAAGAGGGACAUGAGGAGGACGUAGCCUCAUGAUAUACCACCACCACCAGGCUCAUUGGACCUUUUUGGACUUCAGUGUUUAACUCAGGGGAGCCACGGGGUUACUGGAACAUACCGUACUCCCUUCUUCGAACCCUCGAACCCUUUUUUUGAAGAACCACAGAAAACACUACUGAAGACCAACACAAAAAAUAUAUAUAUUUAAAAAAAGAAAAAGAAAAACAAUGAAAGUCCUCAAAAGGCUCGGAAUCUAUGAAUUAGUAGUAUGGGAAAAAAACACUUUUUACAACUAAGAUAGACUUUUAGAUGGGAAUCAUGUAAUAUUGAACACGUCUUUGGGAAAACUUUUUAAAGAACUGUUUUAGAAACCAACAAAAUGGAUAAAAAAAAACACUUGAAAGACAGAACUUUUUGGAAGGAUUUGACAAUUCAGGACAAGAACUUGCUUUGACUCGGGAUGGCCAACCUUUUUUCUUGGAGUGCCUGUCUGUUUCCAGAGGCAAUGGCUGCCACAAACUACAGCCUCCGUCCGCUGUGAGAUUUACCUGUCAUUCCUUAGUUGUGUAGGGACCAAAUGACCAAACCUUUUUAUCACAAAUGAAACUGAAAAAGAAAAAAAUACUUAAACCUGUAACAUAAUCAGACCACUGCAUCUCUUGCUGUGCCAAUCAGUUUAAGAGUUCUAUUAACAAAAAAAGAAAGGAAAAAAAAGAUAUAUGUAUAAAAAGAACAUAUAUGACUAUAUGCAUAAAUGCAUACAUAUAGAUUGCUGAUAUGCUUUUGAACUGGCAGAAAUGUUUCCAAUGGCCCUUUGAGGCCGUUCACUCCGCUAGUUUACAAUUACUGCUCAAAAUGAAGAAUAUUUAUUUUUAUUUUUAUUCUAGUUUUUCUCUGUGGUGAGAGAAAGGGUGCAUGGGAAGGGUUGUUCCAUUAUGCAGCCUUACCUUUUCUAUCUUAUGUCCUGACCUUGUAGCUCAGAGACCAUCUUAAAGAAGUUUGAGAUAAACAAUCCAGUUUAUAUAUAACGUACAUACAAUAUGUAUAUGUAUAGCAGAUGUUCAAGCAAUAUGUAUUCAUAUUUAUGCACCUGUACAGCAUAUAUAUGGAUACAUAUGAUAUUAAUCCCAAAACCCAUAUAUGUGUUUAUAUGCAUAUAUUUUAUAUGUGUGUAUAUAUAGAAACCGGCUAUUCAAUAUGUAGAGCUGUAAUUUUUUGUAGAUUUAAGCUGGUGUUUGAAACCACUGCUUUGCUUUGGACUUCUACCACUGGAAAGAAUCUCAAAUCGGCAGCUGCAAUCUGCAGGCAUUCCUCUCGAUCCGAUACAACGUUAUUUAUCCGUCAACACACAUGCGCGCGCGCUGAUUCCGUUUGUGUAUGUGUGCUACUUACAAAUGCAAGAAGGCCUCUUCUCGUAAGAGAGUUUAAUGAGAAACAUGAUCAUUACGAAAUAGUAGAGAAUACGGACAUAUCUGCCUCCCGCCUUUGCAAACAUUCGCAAACAAACAACGCUAUUCAAUAGAAUCGAGCGCUGGCUUUCUAAACGAACGCCUAGACGUUUUUCGAACCGCGAUCGCGCAUGCGCCGUCAAAUUGUCCGCAGUGCGUCCGUGCAUCUGGCAGCACUGUAACAACACCGCUAGCAGCCAUUCAUUAUAAUGAUGAUGUCAAAACAACGAUAACACUCUCCUUAUUUACGAAAUAAAAUGAACUACUAUAGCCACAGCUAACAGCAACGCCUUCAAAUAUCUGUUGACAUGACAAACCUGUGCAGCUUGACACCGCCAUUUACCGAUUUACACCCACUCGACGUUCUGCUUACGGUUACAAUGAAGUGGGCAUUAUGUACGUUUUGCACAGAUGUCAGAACCCGCAUCACAUUGCGUGUUUACAUGUGCUGCUUCAGCGUUCAGUCGGAGUCGAGGAGUUUUCCCGCGCGCGGGUUGAGGAUGGAACGCGAGUUUUUGAAGUUCUUGUUAAUGCAAAUUGAGGACGUGAACGAUUUUUGGUUAUGCGUUGCAAUUGACCUAUGAUACAAGAUGGCACUAUUGUAAAUAUAUGAUCAUUUCAGAGCUGGUUAAUUCGCUUUACCGAAGAGUAAAGCGUCUGUAUAGAGGGUAAAAAGCAGUUCACCUCAUUUCGAAGGCGAAUCCAGUUCUGAGUCGACGAGUCUUCAGACGGGUUCCGAGAGUGUCGUAUUUUGCCUUCUAGAUCUUUCCGACACAUGAUCAUUCAGGUAUUCCAGGAUCUUUUGCAAGGAUAUGCAUUCCGUCUGUUGGAUUUAAAUGUCACCUGUCUUUAUCUCCCUUUCGGUCUCACACCGUCUGUCUCGCGCUCAUCAUCUUCCGCCAUGUUAACCGUUUCAGCUGCAACUGUUUACAUAGCAAUCUGGCAAUGUAGAGAUGACAAAACAGACAAAACAUAACAUAAAUUUUAUUAUAAGUAUAUAUAAGUAUAUACAUGAACUACUGAAUAUACUGUAAAUGUUUUUUCUCUUUUUUUGCUGUUCCUCUGUAUAUAGGUUUGCAUAUUUUAUAGUCUUUUACUUCUAUCUAGAAAGACUGGAUGACUAGGAAAAUUUAGAGGAAAAAAAUGAACCACUGAAUCAAAGCAGGUAAACUCUAGUCCUUAGAGAUGCAGUAUGGUUGUAAGCUAUUGUGGAACAUAAGAGCCCAUAAGAUUUCAUCCGAACAUUAAUGUCACUUUCAGGUAUGCUGCAAACAUGCUUAUUUGCCUAUUUAUGUAUUAUUAUUAUUAUUAUUUUUCAAAUGUUAUUUGUUAAAUUUUUUUCAUUUUAAAAUAAUAACAUAUAAGUACUUUUAUCAUUUUAAAUGGUUUACAUUUUUAUGUUUGUAACUACACCGAAUAUGAUUUUGUCAUUUAAAUGAUUCUUUUUUAAAUAUAUAUUUUUUACAUGUCUUUGUAUUUUGAGACACAAUGGAACAAUGCAACUGGCAGAAUCAGGGUAACCUUUUAUGGAGAAUGUAGAACUCAUGAAGGACUGGUGUCAAAAGUUUUCAUUGCACCUGUUAGAACUGUCUGCUGUUUUCUUCUGUUCUGCAAUUCCAUGGGUCUGUCAGAACUCCGAUUUGCUUCACUGCUUUUUCAAACACUGAAAAAAAGGAAGAAAAACUGCACUAAUCCAUCAAACUCUCAGCAACUCUGGUUUUAUAGCCGUUCUUCAUUAGCACUGUCUUCAACUCAUCAGAAAGUGUUUGAACUUACAAGAAACAAUGCAUUAAAAUGAGGUUUAAAAAAAGAAAAGAAAAAAAAAAAUCAGACAUUUUGAGCACAUUUGAGUGUGCUGGGUAGUAUCUGUGGAUUUAUGCCAAGCCUAUCACAAUGAGAUUGAGUUGUAUUAGCAGUCGGAGUACUGCUGCAGCUCCUGCCCUGUUCUCAACUCCACCUUUCUCUGGUCCCUAGACUCUCUUUUGUAAUUUUACUGAAUGACGCGUUUCCGCUUAAGCCCAGUAAUAAAGCACAGUGUAGAAUAAAGCA